GUUUUACCCCUUUUUUCCAUGUGGUCAAAUUGUACAACCCACAACUCAAAUUCAUGCAUCAACUCUCCAACUGAUGUUAUAAGUACAAUUUGAAAAAAGUUUAGAUUCAUUUAUCUACUAAGAACCCUCUUUUUCAAUUUUCAUCCAUGAAGCUUUGCUUCUCUGUUUCUUUCCCCUCAAACAUACACCCAACCCUUGUCGUCCCACUGUAAAAACAGCAGUUGAAGGAAGCUAAAGAGACAAUGAAAUGAUAAUAUAAUAUAAGGUUGUUUGGCAGGAUUAUGGGGAAAACAGAGUUUCUCUUCUUAUUAAGGAGUUGUUCUUCAUUUCAGAAGAGAACUAUAAAUGGUAUUUGCUUCUAUAAUGCUUGAGAUUACUUGAGGGAGGAAAUGGGUAAGACAAGCAAAUGGCUGAGGAACUUUCUGACAGGGAAGAAGGACAAAGAAAAGGAAAAAUGGCCAAGUAAUCAGAAUUCUUCUGAGUAUCCAGCCACCCCGAUAUCGAUCCGACACAAUCCUAAAGAGAAAAAACGAUGGAGUUUUCGAAGAUCUUCGGCUGCAGCUGCCGUGGCGGUGUUGCCAAGAGACUCAUUCCCAUUUCCUCUUGAGAUGGUGAGCACAACAAUGCCUGUUGCUGCAAUGGAUUUAGAGUAUGAGGAGCAUAAGAAGCAAAGCUUAGCCAUGGCAACAGCAAAAGCUGCAAUGGAUAUGGAUUAUGAAGAGAAAAGGCAAGCAGUGGCCAUGGUAGUGGCAAAAGCUGCUGCUGCUGAUGCUGCUAUGGCUGCUGCACAGGCAGCAGCUGCCGCAAUCCAGCUAACUGAAGUAGCUUAUGUGAAAGCUACUGCAUUUGAGGAGGCUGCAGCCAUCAAGAUUCAAUCAAUUUUCCGGUCUUAUUUGGCAAGAAAAGCACUCAGGGCAUUGAGAGGUUUAGUGAAGUUGCAAGCACUUGCUAGGGGUCAUCUUGUUAGAAAACAGGCCAAAGCUACACUCCGGUGUAUGCAAGCGUUGAUCACAGCCCAGGCUCGAGCUCGUGCACAACGGAUAAAGAUGAUUGAAGCGACAAAUAAUCUUUCAUAUCAACGACAACCGUUUCUUGCUGAAUCAGUUAAUGAAGAUCAUUUUGGUUAUGCCAAUCAUGCUGCUGAGGAAAAUAUUAAGAUUGUGGAGAUGGAUCAUGUAGAAUACAAACGAGGCUCUAAGAACAGGACAAGCUAUGAACAAGUCUUUGCCACACAUCAUCCACAUCAUGUCUCACAAGUACCAUCAGCUCUAACCGACAUCGACGCACGAGGUUGCAGCGGCCAUUUCGAGGACUAUUCCAUCUGCACUGUACAGAGCAGUCCUCAAGAUUAUUUGGCCAAGUCUAAACCUGACCCCUCAAAAAGUAGUCCUAUUGGUUUCUCCACGCGAGAAUGUAUCCAAUCUAUGUCCUUUGAGUAUCCAAUGUUCCCAAGUUACAUGGCCAAUACCGAAUCUUCAAGAGCGAAAGCUCGGUCACAAAGUGCACCAAAGACAAGACCUGAAUCAUUUGAGAGGCAGCCAAGCAGAAGGAAGGCCUCAACUGAAGGAAAGAGCAUCCCCAAGGCCAUGCAAAUACAGCGAUCGGCUUCUCUCGUGGGUUGUGCCGCUCAAGACUUGCAGUAUCCAUUGUUGAUGAGGCUUGACAAGUCCACAAGCUCUCUCAAUAAUAGUGAAUGUGGCUCCACAAGUACAGUGCUCACAAAUACCAACUACAGAUCUCUUGUUACAUGUGAAGGCUAUGGAAACAGGUACUAUUAAAAAAGUUCUACAGCAGCUAAAUAGUAUAAGGGAAUGUUAGGAAACACUUUCUAUGAUCCUUGAUAACUUAUUCAGUGUUAUAGUAAAGAAACUUCAGCAAUAUGAGUUAUGUCCUUCACAUUUUGUAGUUCAAAUUACUUCUUGUUUAGAUUAAUGUUUAAAGAAAUGGGGAGUCUGACAUUACCAGUAAUCACUCUAUUGUUGCAAUGGCUCAAAGUUUAGGAUCCAAUGACAAAGAAAUGAAAAAUUUAACAGUCGUAGAAAAUUACAACUUUUCUUUUUUUA